AUGGCACGCCAUCCUUUGCCUCUGCUGCUCGUCCCCGCGGUGGCGUCCAACGUCGGUCUCGGCAAGGCGCGCACCUUCGCUACUGCCCCGCCCGUCGGCAGCGUUCCCGGCGGAGCGCAGAAUGUGCCCGUAAUCCUGCGUGCCUUCGCUCAGCUCCUCGAUGAUGACGACCUUCCCAAGCCUACCCGCUACACGCCGUACGUCCGCCGCCCGACCCGCCGGGCCGCCUCCCAGCGCACCAAGUCCCGCCUUCAGCGCCAGCAGCGCCGCUCCUGCGGUGCCUCCGUCACCUCGUGCUCGACGGAGGGCAAGAUCCGCGAGCUCGCGGCUUACUUCCCCCUCCCCUUCCAGUGCCAGGAGACUGAGGUCCCUCUCCCUCCCGUGCCCGAGGUCCUCCUCACGCCCGGCCACGUUACGACGCUGUCUCUUGCGCUUGCGCCGAGCCUCGAUGCGCUCCUCGAUCCAACGCCGCGUAUAUCGUACGCCGACGCUGAGGUCGGGGUCGCUAUCCUAGCAGGGCUCACACAAGGUCUCAUGCCGCUGCACGAAGCAUACGCUGCGGCUGGUGCUCGAAUCAUACCCCUCCUGUCGAAGCUCGACGCACUCGGCGUACUCGACCCGCGCGGCUUCCCCGCCACGACGCUCGAAGUCAGCCUCGACGCGGACGGGAACCCGGACAUCCUGAGAGUCAUCUUCGCAGAGCGCUGCGCGGAAGACGUGCGCGAGCUCCUCGGCGAUCUCGUCGACAUCGGCGUCCUCACUGAACGUGCGGUGCUCAGUGCGAACGAGGUCGACGCGAUGCGUGCGCCUUGGGGCGAGCGCUCUUCCGAGCGCCCAAAGCAGGCGCGGACGCUCAGCUACGAGCCGGAGCGCACCACCGAACUCAUCAUGCCGAGCAUGGACAUGAGCCGUGUCGACCUGAGCCAGACGAGCUACGAAUACGAGCGCUCCCAGUGGCUCAGCGAGUCCUUCCCGCCUUCCUCGGGCACGCUGACACCGGACACGCUCGAGAUCGAGAGCGUCAACAGCCCUUCCACGCCUAGUGACUGGGAGAGCUCCCCACCUGGCUCUCUCCUCGGCAGCCUUGCCAGCCUAGAGGAUCAGAGCCUCGAGAGGUCGUACGCCUGGAGCGUUUAUCCCAGCGAGAACGACAGCGUCGUUGAGAGCUGGCGCGAGGUCACCCCGACCGCGGUUCUGGAGAGGGAGGUCGAGGUCGGAUGGGUCGAGUUUGGUCUCAUGCAGUCGUGGUAG